AUGAUCGUCACCUCCUCGCCACGAUACCUCUUCCUCCCUCUCCUCCUAUUUAUUCCCCUCAUAUUACUCUUUCGGAGCGACGUUUCUCAGCGUUUCUCCAUUCCUAGAAAACAAGAGACGGAGCAGCAGGGCGGCGACCUGAAGGCAGAUCACCUCUACAACAGCAAUGCCUCCAAUUUCCAGCAUCAAGGCGUUUUUGACGAAAAUCAUGAGGGUGCGCCCCAAAUAGUACAAGUCAGCAUGCAAUUCGGCGGCAAUUUCGAUUUGAUGUACGAAAAAGGCUUGAGGACACAUCUGGCGCACGGUGACAAAUGGGGCUAUCCUACCCAUUUCCUGCGAAACGAUAUUGUCGGACACGGCGACUUUGGCGUUGGCAUCUACGACAAAGUCUUAUAUCUACUGGCCAUCAUGGUGAACGAAAUGACCAAAGACUUUGGCAAGAGAGCCGAAUGGAUAGUAUGGACCGAUGCAGAUACCAUACACCUGAAUAACCUGAUACCAUGGACCAUCUUCCUACCACCCAAUGAAGGCAUGUUCCAUGACAUUAACAUGCUGGUUUCAAGAGACUGGAUCGGAUUCAACGCGGGCGUGUUCCUCAUUCGUGUCUGCGAAUGGAGCAUCACACUCAUCUCCGAUGCAAUUGCGCUUCCAAGAUUGCGACCAGAAGUCGACCUACCUUUCAAAGAGCAAGACGCCUUGAGAUACAUGUUUGACCAGCCAGAGAAUAAGAAGCACAGGAUAUACCAACCAAGACAUUGGUUCAAUGUCUAUGAUGAAUACUAUGAGGGCUAUGGCGAGAAAGUGAUGAGGGGCAGCGUGUCAGUUCAUUUCCCCGGAAUGGGCGGUGCACGGCCGGAUGCAAUGGGACGGUGGUUAGACAAGAUCGAGCAUAGGCCUGAAGAGAUCAACAUUCCUUUGCAAAAUACUACCUACCCAGAAGAAAUCGAAGCCUACUGGUCCCGGCUGCGAAGCGCGGCGGAGAUGCUCCAACGUUCCGAUGAUUUUAAGAACCAGGUAAAAGACGAGCAUUACGACAUAUACGUGCAAGACGGCGGCAAGAUCCCUGAUAAGCUUGGCGAAGCAGAGAGCGAGCUCCACGAAGUCAUCGAAGAAGACGCCUUCGACAAGCAGAAACUCAAGGAGGGUGUCCUCAAGCUAGACGCCGCGGUUCGCAAUGCGAAGAAAGACGUCGAAGACGCAGUACACAAUGCCGAAGAGGCGCAAAAGAAGAAGGAAGCAGAACAGAAGAAGAAAGAAGAGGAAGCUCAAAAGAAAAAGGAGGAGGAAGAUCGAAGAAAGCAAGCUGCCAAGCAAGCUACAGAACAGCAAAAUGGUGCGACGACCGGUGGAUCGGGUGCCAGCUCGCAAGAUGGUGGUACGAAAGACAAGUCAGGUGCAAAUUCGAAGGACAAAGCAGCCGAAACCAAAGCUGGUGCAGAUCAAGCGUCGCAAGGAGCAAAAGCAUCGACAGACAAAGCCUCUGACAAGAGCACGGAUGGCCAGGCUGAGGGCAGUAAGGAGAAGACCGAGCAGGCCGGCAAAGACCAGGGUCAGGCACAGCAGGAAGCCAAGGCGCAGCGGUAA